UCCAGCGCGCAUCACGGGCAUGGAUAUGAGGGAUACAACAGAGGAAACCCAGGAAACUCCUGGUAACGUUCUUAGCAGUUAUGCUAAUGCCAUCAAUGCUUUACAACGGAAUGUCGCACAGCUCACCACCAAGAACUACCAACUUCAGAACCUCGUUGACAAUGCCAGCAAGACCUCGGACGUGAUCCAACAGAUGUCGGCCGCCAACAAAAAGAAAGUUCCAACAAAAGAACUGCCGCAGUUUUCCAACGACGAAGAUGAAGACUUUGAAGACUGGCUCCUUAAGUUCGAGAUGUGUGCCAAGCAACAUCAGUGGUCCAACGACGACGCCCUUCACAACCUGUACCGAUGCUUCAAUGGAACAGCCUUGCGAAUAUACAACACCAUUCCAGCCACCACCAACACAUGGCAGUUGAUGAGGAAAGCCCUAAGAGAAGCCUUCGCGAAGCAGAUAUACGACUACGAUCUGGCGAAAGACACGAAAAAGUCCCUGACGUACGCCGGAAAUCCCAAUGAAUACUACUCCAACGUAAUGCGCUACCUCAAUUCCAUUAGCGACCAACCCAGUCAAAGAGAAAUUGUCAACAAACUCUUGAUGGCCUUCCAGCUAACAUAA